CUUACCGGAUAAGUCAGCGACAGGGUAUUUUAUGCUAAAACCGUGGUUUAAUCAUGGUUCAACCGUAUUAUAUCGUUAAAUACCGCCUACUAAAUUUAUUUCCCGUAAAAGGUUUUUCAGGUCGAACCGCCGGUACACUACGAUAUUUUAAUCCUUGCAAAUUACACAAAAUCAAAAGCAAUCAAUCAAACAACAACAUGAACCAGAUUUGAUUCAGAACAUGGAAAGAGGAAGAGGGAAAAAAGGCCUCUUUUGCCACUGGGCACUGGGUGGCUGGCUGCCCACUGUUGCCAUGACAGCUUUUUAAAGCCGGUCAAAACCAAGCCACCCACCCACCAUUUCCUUCUCCUUCUUCUUCCUCUCCACUAAAAAUCAAUAAACCCACAAAAGAAAUUGGCUUCUGCGAGUCCUGAUUCGACCCAGAUUAGCCAUGGUAAUUUAAACUUAAAGCACAGAGGAAAGGGCUGCUGGGUUUUCAUUAAAAGCUAUCUCUCCGGUGAGGAAGAAAGGAAGAAAGAGUGAGCUGAAAGCGACUCGGCAACAUAACUCUCACCACCACCACCACCAUCUCGGCGGUUGGUUGGAAGUCAUUCAUCCCGCCCCACACCACUUCCACCAUUAAUGCUCUUCCCUUCCUUUCUUUCUCCUUAUUCAUCAAUUCCUCAUCCAUACUCUGUUUUUUUCACCCUUUUUUUCCCUUUUGUGGGAAUUAGGUGGCCUGGCCCUCUUUUUUUCUAAUAGAUUUCUUUCGGGAUUGAGAUUGAGUUGAGACAGCCUGGGAUGGCAUUAAAUGCUCAGAAGCAUUUGUUUAUUAGGAAGGGACAGAGGGUGGAAGAAGAAGAAGAUUAGUCGUGGAAGAAGGAACAGAGUAACAACAACGGCUAACUGGGAAGGCAGAAAAGAAGAAGAAAAAACAGAGUAUUAGAGAAAACAAUUGCUUCGAUUGCAGAAUCAAAGCUCGUGAUUGGAGGUGAGAAUGUUGCAAUCCGCGAGGAAAAGGGUUUAUUUAUUUUGAUUAGUUUAUUGAUUAGUCACAAUAAUAAAAUAAACAAAAACAAAACCCCCGAUUUCUCCCUUUUUCAGUUUCCCCCCUUUCAGACUUUUCCUUUGUGUUGGGUUUUCAGAGCGGAGCUAAAUAAAGCUAUUGAUAGAGAAGCGCGUUCCCGCCGCCGGCGAAUGCGGCGAUGAGUAGUCGACUCUUUGAUUGAACGGCCAUCCAGUUUUUUUUUUUUUUUUGUUUAAGUCUGUCCCUACACUGAAAUAUUGGGAUUUAGUAACUUUAUCUCUUAGCUGAAUGGAAGAAUUCCGGCGGGGUUUGCUCCGGUUGGUUCUGCUGAUCUGGGCUCUGAUUCACUGCGCGGCAGCGCAGCAGAGGAGCGUGCUGCUGAGCUCGCGGGCGGAGUGGAGGGCGCUGGUCGAUCUCCGAGGUUCAUUAGGGAUCCGAAGCUCCGACUGGCCGAUAAAAUCGGACCCGUGCGCUAAUUGGAAGGGAGUCCGGUGCGGCGGCGACGGCCGGGUCACCGGAAUCAACGUUUCCGGGUUCAGGAGGACCCGGGUUGGGCGGUUGAAUCCCGGGUUCUCCGUCGACGCCAUGGCGAAUUUCACUUCGUUGGAGGUUUUCAACGCUUCCGGAUUCGCCCUUCCGGGCUCCAUCCCGGGCUGGUUCGGGUCGCAGUUCGGGUCGUCGCUCCGAGUGCUUGAUCUCCGGUCGAGUUCAGUCACCGGUCCGAUCCCGGCUUCACUCGGUGAGUUAACUCAGCUCAAUGCUCUGUACCUCUCUGAAAAUCAGCUCGCCGGCUCUAUGCCAUCUACAUUGGGGCAGCUGAGUCAAAUGUCAAUUCUUGACCUCUCUAGGAAUCUGCUUACUGGGUCGAUCCCAGCAAGUUUGGCUUCACUCAGUAACUUGACAAGUCUCAAUCUUUCUUCCAAUUACUUAUCCGGGUCGAUUCCACCCGGAUUGGGCAACAUUUCCAUGCUCAAAUCCUUGGAUUUAUCUGAUAACAGCCUCGCUGGUUUGAUCCCGGGUGAUUUUGGUGCUUUAUCUCAGUUGGUUGACCUUAAUCUCAGCAAGAACUCACUCUCUGGUUCAUUGCCUGAUGGAUUAUCCAAGCUAUACAACUUGCAGAAUAUAGUAAUUUCGAGCAACCGGCUAGAGGGUAGAUUGCCAAGCGCAUUGUUUGCAUUGCCUGAUUUGCAGCUUGUGGAUGUCUCUGGGAACAACUUCACAGGUGAUAUGCAGAGCAUUGGUUUCAAUGGCAAUGCAUCUGGUUCAGCAGCGUUGAAUCUAUCGAACAAUUUGUUGUAUGGAGCUCUAUCGUCCCAGUUCGAUGUCUUCAGUUCCGUUGAUCUAUCUGGAAACUACAUCCAAGGACAGGUACCCAAUGGUGGAAGAACUCCAAGAAAUCGGGCUCUUAGCUUGAACUGCUUACAAGCAGUUCCGGAUCAAAGGAGUUUGGAGGAUUGCAGAAUGUUUUACUCUCGGAGAGGGUUGUCUUUCGACGACUUUGGGGCUCCAUCACCAUCACCAGAAUUCAAUCCCGGUAGAUCACGAAGUAAGCAAUGGAUAUACAUCUUAGUAGGGGUGGUUGGCGGAAUAGGCUUCAUCUUGGUCCUGGCUAUUGUGAUGGUAUUGCUUCUCAGGAAGUUUGACAGGAACAGAUCAAGCCCAAGAGGAAGUGCUAACGUUGGACCGGUUCCUGAAGGAGAUAAUAAUGAUGAUCCUCCAUCAGUGGCAAAAGAUCUCAGUUUAAUGUCUGGUAUUGGUGAGUCAUUCACAUAUCAACAGCUCAGCAGCUUAACAAGUGAGUUUACAGACAAGAAUCUGAUCAAACAUGGCCAUUCUGGAGAUCUAUUCCAAGGCUUCCUUGAAGGAGGCAGCCCGAUUGUGGUGAAGAGGAUCGAUUCUCGUUCUGCCAAGAAGGAAUUGAUGGAGUUGGAAUUCUUCAGCAAGUAUUCUCAUGUCAGACUGGUGCCUCUUUUAGGGCAUUGUUUGGAGAAUGAGAAUGAGAAGUUUCUGGUGUACAAGUAUAUGGUGAAUGGAGACUUGGGCAGCUCGUUGCACAGGGUUAGCAAUGUUGACGAAGAAGACAGUUUGAAGUCAUUGGAUUGGAUCACAAGGUUGAAGAUAGCUACUGGAGCUGCUGAAGGCCUUUGUUACCUGCACCAUGAGUGUAAUCCUCCUGUUGUUCAUAGGGAUGUUCAAGCGAGCAGUAUUCUUCUCGACGACAAGUUUGAAGUUCGACUUGGAAGCUUAAGCUCGGUCCGUGUCCAGGAAGGCGGAGAGUCACACCACAACAAGAUCAUCACAAGGUUCUUGAGAAAACAACAAUCAUCAGAAGCUGGAGGCUCUUCAGGAGCAUUAAUGGCGACAUGUGCACAUGAUGUCUACUGCUUCGGCAAGGUCCUCCUUGAGCUAGUAACAGGCAAGCUUGGAAUCAGCAACAAAUCAGAUGAUGCCAUGAUGCGAGAUUGGCUCGACCAAAUGCUCCCUUAUAUCAGCAUCUACGACAAAGAGCUGGUGACCAAGAUCGUUGAUCCAUCAAUGAUGGUUGAUGAGGACCUGCUAGAAGAGGUUUGGGCCAUGGCGAUCGUUGCCAGGUCGUGUUUGAAUCCCAAGCCUUCCAAACGUCCUCCCAUGAAAUACAUUCUGAAAGCAUUAGAGAACCCUUUGAAAGUAGUAAGGACAGAUAGCUACGGUUCAGGACGCCUCAGAACGACAUCGUCGAGGAGGUCAUCCUGGAGCACUGCAUUCUUUGGGAGCUGGCGGCAUAGCUCCUCGGAGAAUGCCGGAGCAGUUGGUGGAUCAAAGCAACCGGUAAGAAUAGGAUCUCAUAACAGCGGUGGGAUUGACUACAGUAAGAGACUGUCGAAUGAGAUUUUCCCCGAGCCACUUGAGAUUCAAGACAUAGAGCGGCAAGAGCCAGAUUUCUAGCAUUGAAAGUGGAUCCCUACAACAGUUUUGACAAAGUGCACUGAUCAAUCAAUCGAUCAUCAUUGUUCCGAGAUUCUUUAGAUUUUUGAGAGCUUGUUUAUGGUUUUCCAGAAACAGGCCGCAAAUUUUUUUCCACCCCCCACCACUGUAAUUGAUCAUUUUCCCUACAGCAGAGCUUGCAAGUGUUGAAAUCAAAAGUGUGUAUUUUGUUCCACAAAAUCUGUUCUUCCUUCCCUCUUAACAAAUCCGAAGUACAUGA